UCUAUCCCCUGACUCCUCCAGUAUGUGACAGCUGGUCCACAGUCACAAACAUACAUGUGCAUGUGCAUGCACACACGCCUACAGUUUUUUUAAAAGAUUCUCUAAUGUUGCCUAUGCCCAAGGACAAGAGCGGGCAAAGAAGGAGAAGGUAUACCAGGAGAUGGCGCAGCUGAAGCCUCAAAUAAACCGCCUGUGCCGCCCCUGCCCCUGGGACUGGACACUCUUCCAAGGAAACUGCUACUUCUUCUCCAACUUCCAAAAGAACUGGGAAGACUCUGUCACUGCCUGCAGAAAACUGGAUGCCCAACUAGUAGUCAUCAAAAGUGAUGAUGAGCAGAGCUUCCUGCAACAGACUUCUAAAGAGAAAGGCUAUGCCUGGAUGGGACUGUCAGACCUGAAGCAUGAAGGCACAUGGCACUGGGUGGAUGGCUCGCAUCUGCUGUUCAGUUUCAUGAAAUAUUGGAACAAAGGAGAGCCCAACAAUGAACAGGAAGAAGACUGUGCAGAAUUCAGAGGCGAUGGCUGGAAUGAUGCCCCAUGUACAAUUAAGAAAUACUCCAUCUGCAAGAAGUCUGCUAUGUCCUGCCCUGAAAAAUGAUAUGUCAUCUGUCUGUAACACCUGUUGCCAAAAUGACCCUGCAGGGUGACUGAACUUA